CUUCGGCGCGUGACGUCAUCGGCGUGCGACGCGCUCGGUCUGCGACCAUAACAACGCCGGAUAACGCUGACUUUUAUCGAUAUCACUGAUAGUGGAAUAUUGUUCGAAAUUUGUUCGCUCUGUCUUUAAGGUCCCGCACACAUCGUCCCUGAGAGAGCGACACACGUGUGCAGAUUAGAAAAGUAUAUCCACACUACCAAUAAUUCAGUUUUCCAGGCUCCAGCGUCUGCGUGUGGAUGGAGAAGUCCUGCUGAAAACACAAAACAGGUGGAGAGGAUCCUGGGAGGGAUGGGGUAGGGUUCUCGAUGAGGGUCCCGGCAGCAAACCGCUCCGUUAGGGCAGAUUCAGGCCCGGGUGAGAUGCCUGAGAAUGGACGCUCCCGGAGGAAACGUGUGCCGAAGACGUGCGACUGCUGCGGGCCCCACGGCAAGCCCCACGUGCCAGGACACCAGCAAGUGCUGAAGAAACGUGGACGCAAGAAGAAAGAGAUGGUGAGCCAAGAGGAGCAAGUGGCGGCAGAGGAGGUGGUGAGCUCGUCGGCAGUGGACUCGAUUCUCAUUUGUGAAGCGGACACAGCUUCUGAGAUGGAGGAGGCACGGUCUCCUAAAGGGAAGCCACCCCUUUCCCAGACUGAAGGUGGGAGUGAAAGCACCAUCCUGGUGAACGGCUUGGAGAACAGUGCUCAUGCCAACUGUGACACCAAAGAGCAGAGCCGUCCCGUUGAGAGCAGUUCUGCCACACUGAAUGACUUCAUGAAGAGCCCCCCCGAAUCUUCCUCGGUCGGCGCAGAGCCGGACGCUUUCCCUCACACUGAUGCCAUGGACACUGAGCCGUCCAGCUUGAGCACUGAUGUGGACAAGGCUUCCUGGGACCAUCACUACUGCAAGCCCCUCGCUGGGCAGAACAAGAACGACUUCAGGGAGGCGUCUGCAUCGCCUCCCGCCGAAUUUACAACGGAGGGCAUCAUCGAGUGUAUUCAUGAAUUCCUGGAGCAGUUCUAUGGGAAAUACGGAAGCUUCACCCCAUUAAGGGAUUCUGACGUCCUCUAUCACCUAAACCAGACAUUUGAGUCUGAUCUAAAUGACAGGAUGAAGCUGAUAACAAAAGAAGUGGCCAAGUACAGGGCUGGUCUGGCCUGUGCUCCUAUGCGUUUCUUCCAAGUGACCUACAACAAGCACACUUUGACCUUAGAUGACCUUUCGACACUUGAUGACCAAAACUGGGUCAAUGAUCAGGUGAUUAACAUGUAUGGAGAACUGAUCAUGGAAGCUACAGAUCAUAAGGUUCAUUUCUUCAACAGUUUUUUUUACAGACAGUUUGUAGCAAAAGGUUAUGAAGGAGUGAAACGAUGGACCAAAAAGGUUGAUCUGUUUUCUAAGACCCUGAUCCUGAUUCCUCUGCACCUGGAGAUCCACUGGUCGCUCAUAACCCUGGACGUCUCCAAGCAAAGCAUCAACAUCUUCGACUCCCAGGGCAUCCUGUUCAAGUUCGCUGUGGAUAACAUCCUGAAAUACAUCCUGGCAGAAGCCAAGGAGAAGAAACAAGACGUCUUUCAGAAGGGCUGGAAGAUGGUCAUCAACAGGAGCAUCCCACAGCAGAAGAACGACAAUGACUGUGGGGUUUUUGUCUUGGAGUACUGCAAGUGCCUGGCGUUCAUGAAGCCGCUGCUCUUCACUCAAGAGGACAUGCCACGCGUCCGCAAGAGGAUCUACAGAGAGCUGUGUGACCGCAGACUGUCCCACUGUCUGGACCGAGACAAAGCCUCAUAGACUCUGGAUGAUGAACGCUACAGGAGGGAACGGACAGAGAAACCCAAAGUUCUGGACAGGUCCCAGUAUAAGAGCCUGUCCACUCAUUCCUGUCAGUUCAGCUGAUAAAGACCUGCUGGAGUUACCUCUUCACAUUACAUCAGUGGCUCAGAAUGGCCUUUUCCAGUAUCCUCAGCCUUGAAUUUAAGGAAGCCUGUGACCACCUCUCAGAGAACCAGGUGACUGUUCAGAGACCAACCAGAAAAUCCCUUUUCUGUUUCCUGGAAUCCACAGAUUCAAAACCUCAUGCACGUGUAGAUAUAGAUAUAUAUAUUACUUAUUUUACUUUACAUUUCUUUUGUUCAACUUUGCAUCUUAUAACACAGAUUAUGUGUUUCUAUCAGGUUUCUAUUUGUAAGGAACAGAGUCUUUGCUUUGCAGCAUGAAACUUGAAGGACUUCUUAUAAAUGUCACGCCAUGUUGAGGAACAAGAAGCAUUUAUAUUUUAAUGAAUGUACUGCCAGAACUGAAUUCUACUUGUACAGCUUGUAAUUUGUGGCGAUACCCUUAAAGUCCUGGAGCAGAUUGCUUUGUUAACAUUUCUGUGUUCCCAGAUGUUCUGUGGUUAGUAAUGAAAGAGCUGCAGCAUUAUUUGGCAAACGGCCGCUCUCACUUCUGAGCACUUUCCCUUGUUUCUCAGCGGUUCAAAUAGAUUUUGUAGCAUGUAGAUUAAGUCAGUUACAGGUCAUUUUUAAAAUGAGCACAGUGCUGUUGUUGCGUUGGAAGCUGCAGGGUUUUGUCUUUUAUUUAUACUUUUAUUUUUUAUGAAGACUGAACUGAAAAAUAUCUAAACCUGCCGUUCUGUCAUUGGUUAAUACACAAGCUGAAGACUAAGCUAAGUUUGAUUCCUGUGGUUGUGAUGCGCUCGAGUCGUUUUCAUCUUUUCUGUGUUGUGUGGCGAGUGUUUUUCUACCGUGUGAUGCAGUCUGGCACAAAAAUGUGCGGCUAGUAAAUUUAUACUGCUGUCAGCUGACCCCCCUUCAAGACUGAUACUGUCAUUUAGUUACUUGAACCAACGGAUCUUAACCUCAGACCGAGUUUCUGACUACUAGUUCAUCAUUAUUUAAAAAUACAUAAAACCAUGUUGAAUAAGCA